AUGAUUGACGUGUCGACACAGGUCCCAUUACUGCCUCUCAAAUCCCCCGUCCAGGCAUCCCAAGACCUGACCUGCUCGUUGAAGUUCAAGUAUACCAAGUCAGAUUUUUGGUACAAGGUCAUGGACACUAGGUGCCUGCGUCAGAAUCACCGGAAGCAGAUCUGUUCGGUGCUACUCAUCAGAACGUUCCUCAGUAUGGUCGCAACGUCAGGCUGCUUCACAAAGCUGAUCAAGGACCAAGUGGAGCUGAACGAACGCCACUACAAAGACCCUAGUCAUUGUGAAUUGCAAGCUUUUCUCAGUCACUACUUGCUCCACAAAUGUACCUUGUAUCCGUGGUUUGACCGACUUGAAACUACUCCUUGA